AUGGCAGUUAAUGCUAGCUCAGCCGGCCCGGUCUGCUCCCGCCCUCGUGCUCGCGUCGCGCAGUCCGUCCGCAUGCACCGCCGCGAGCUCGCCGCCACACUCCACCCCCGCCUACGUGCUCGCGCCGCCGCUGCGAGCUCGCCGCCGCGCUCCACCCCCGCCUGCUCCAGCUCGGUCCGCGUGCACCGCCGCCCAGUCGCCCGUCCCGCGCUGCCGCAGCCCCGCCGCCGCCCGCCCGCUUCGCCGCACCCACCCCGCACGGUGAGACAGGGGCGGCGAGCACGGGGCGACGCGAGGCACGAGGCCGGUGCUCCAACGACGACGCCCGAGGCAGAGUGGGACGGGGCGGAGCGGGAUGGGGCGGGGCGGGGCGGCGCAGGGCGUGCCGGCGGCGAGGCGGAGCAGGACGAGGCGGGGUGGGUGCGGCGGCGAGCGAGGCGGGGAGCACGGCACAGGCGGCGAGCGAGGCGGCGUGCCGGUGUGGUCAGCCCGGCGCAGCGCAGGCGCACACGCGGGCAAGGGCGCGGCGCGGCGGCGAGAGGCGGCAUGGCAUGCGCGUGGGCGAGCUCGGCGGCGGGGGCGGGCGCGAGCUCUGCCGCAGGCGGGGCGUGCGCGUCGCGGGGCAAGGGCUGCUCCAGCGGCGGACGGGCCCUAGGAGCGGGCACGGGCGGCGAGCUCCGGCGAGCGCGGGACGGCGGUGUUUGGGGCGGACCGUUUGGGGUUAAGGCGACGCAUGCAGCGUUGGGCACACCGUCCGCCCGGACGUCCGCGCUUUUCGAUACUCAAACGGACAAAUGUGGACGUCCGGAUGGGGUCGCGCGGUGGAGUUGGCCUGAUAGCUAG